AUGGAGAGUCUCCGUUUACAGACCACCUCCGUCAUCCUGUGGCUGUGCAUUGCUUCGAUCCUCGUCGUUUUGGUCAUUUACGGCAGCUCCGACGCUCCGAUCGGUUCCUCCGACUCAAAAUCGGACCUUCCCGUCUCCAUUGCGAUUCCGAUGGUUCAGCUUCGUAGCAAGGUCAUCACCACCACCGCCACGUCAUCCGUUUCCGACGAUCAUAAAAUAGUACUCAGCUCCAGUAAUAAUAAUCAAUCUACUACUACUCCUCACUUACUCCCCAACCAAACUCCACCGAGAGAAGCGGCGAAACGGAAACGGAGGAGUGGUCGGAGUAAGAUGGAGGAGGGACUGGCGCGGGCGCGAAGCUCGAUACGGACGGCGGCAGCAGCUUCGGGUGAUCCGAACCGUUCGUCACCACCACAAAACGACGUCGUUUCACAUGGUGUGGUGUAUCGUAACCCCCGCGCAUUCCAUCAGAGCUAUCUUGAAAUGGAGAGGAAAUUUAAGGUGUAUGUCUACUCAGAAGGUGACCUACCAAUAACACACGAUGGACCCUGCAAGGACAUAUACUCGAUCGAAGGCAGAUUCAUACAUGAAAUGGAGACGGGUGCAAAAGCUGGGAGGUUCAGGACCAAGAACCCUAAGGAGGCUCACGUUUACUUUAUGCCUUUCAGUGUGACUUGGAUGGUGAAGUACCUAUACAAGCCCCUGUCCUAUGACCUCAGACCUCUCAGGGAAUAUGUCUCUGAUUAUGUGAGACUCGUGUCUGAGAAAUACCCAUUUUGGAAUAGGACUUCUGGGGCGGACCACUUCAUGCUCGCUUGUCAUGAUUGGGCUCCCCAUGCAUCAGCAGGAAACCCGUUCCUCUACAACACAUCAAUCCGAGUACUCUGCAACGCAAACACCUCUGAAGGCUUCAGACCUCAAAAGGAUGUUUCACUCCCUGAAAUCCACCUCUACGGCGGCUACGUCUCCUCCAAACUCAUCUCACCCCCACCAACCAACACCCCUCGUCCCUACCUUGCCUUCUUCGCCGGCGGCCUCCACGGCCCAAUAAGGCCUAUACUCCUCGACUACUGGAAAGGCCGCGACGAGAGUCUCCGAGUCUUUGAAUACCUACCCAAAACCCUAGACUAUAACUCCAUGAUGCUUGAGUCCAAGUUCUGCUUGUGCCCUAGUGGUCAUGAAGUGGCCAGUCCUAGAAUUGUGGAGGCCAUAUAUGCCGAGUGCGUGCCGGUGAUCAUAUCUGAGCACUAUGCGCUGCCAUUUAGUGAUGUUUUGAGGUGGGAGGCGUUUUCUAUUAAAGUUGAGGUUUCAGAGAUUAAGAGGUUGAAGGAGAUAUUAGAGGCAGUUCCUGAGGAGAAGUAUAGAUGGCUCAAGAAGAAUUUGAAGGUUGUGAGGAAGCAUUUUGAGCUGAACCACCCGGCUAAGAGGUUUGAUGUCUUUCAUAUGAUAAUGCACUCUGUCUGGCUUAGGAGAAUUAACCUUAGAGUUGCAUAG